CCCCCUCUUUGUCCCCACAUCGCUGGGACCCCAGUCCCAGUCCCCUGGACCAGGCCCCACCUCCCAGGUAGGGCCGGGACAGGCCGUCCUGAGCACACUCUAGAAAAUGGGCCCCAACACGCCCCUACCUCGUGGGGCUGUAGUGAGGCCUCUAGAGUGAAUAGCUGGGAACAUGUUUGGCACAUUACAAGGUGCUAGACAGACAGAUGUUAGCCGUCGGUAGAACAGCAUCGGGAGGCGCUAGCUCUGCUCUGUACUUCUGAAACUUCCCUGUCCAGUCUCCCUCCUCAGGGAAGACUGGAGACCGAGGCCCUGUGGUUAACAUGCAUCCCUCAAAGGUCUUGAUAAAAACCUACGUGCAGCCCAGGGAUUUAUAGAACAUAGCCCAAGCCAUUUUCUCAUGUGAUAGUCAAAGCAACUUCAGGGAGUGGGUGGUCGUGACCUCCCACUCCCACCCAUUUCCAUGCUGCUCUUUGGACCACCCCUCUCUCAUAGUCAAAGCUGGCCUACCGCUCUCACAGUCAUGGCCACUCCUGGGUGGGAUACUAGGCUCCAGCCGCCUGGAAUGAAUGGGGAGCGCGGACACAUAUUGAGCACCUACUGUGUGCCUGGCCCUGUGCUGGGCGCCUUGGCACAGCAGGUCAACCUGGCUCGGCAGCUCAGGAAAGGGCUCCUGCUUAGCACAUCUGCCCUGCUUAGGAGUUGGAAGAAGGGCUGUUUCCAGUGUGGCUGGUAAGGCCAGUCAGCUGUGGAGCAGGGGGAGGACUUUAAUCUUUAUGCCUUCAGGUAGGAGUCCUGGGGCAGCUUCCAGAUCAAAUAUCAGAUGCCCACUACAUUUAAACUUUCAAUAAACAACACACAACUUUUUAGUAUCAGUUUAUCCCAAACAUGACUUGAGAUGUACUGAUACUGAAAAGUUCUUUGUUGUGUUUCUGAAAUUCAAAGAGAAUGGGAACAUUUUGUACUUUCAUUUGCUAACUCUGGCUCCCCUACACUGAGAUUUGUUGAGAAACAGCAGCAGCCUUUGGUGCCCAGUUCAGAAUAUACAACAGGAGUGCUUGGGCUCAUCAUUCUGAUUCCACUCAAUGAGUGAGGUUGGAGUCCUGGUUCCCCUCGAGGCUGAAUAGGCCUGAGGAGGAAAAUGGAGCUUGAAAGACCAUUCAGGAAGAUGAGUUCGUCUUCCUGAAAGGGAUGAUCUAAGUAGUUGGCUAGAUUGGCUACCAGAAGGAAGGGUUAACAUCCCCCUGUGUGCACUUGUACCCUCCCUCUCUGCAAUUCCUCCCUGUCUGACUGAGUUUCUUUGUACAUUGUGUUCUGCAGAAGAAAAAGGCAAGAUUGGACACAGAAGAGGGAAAAAGGAUGUAGGCGGCCGGCCAUACAGGCUGCAGCUGGAGUUAGGGGUCAAGUCUCAUGAUGUUGUACUAACAAAGCCUCUGUUUUUUAGCAUUUAAUACGUGCCAUCCACUGUGCUAAUGACUCACCUGCAUUUUCUCAUUAGCUUUUCCCAGCAACUGGGUGAAUAGGUAUUUUCCUUAUUUUUGGAGGAAAAGACAUCAGGAUUCAGAAGUUUCUUGCCAGAGGUCCCAUGGCUAGUAAGUGGCUAAGCCAGGACCCAAACACCAAAGCCCUUGCUCUUACCCACUGUGCUACUCUGCCCCAGUGCCCAAAAUAAUGGUGCAGUCUGAUUAAGCAAGGGGUUUGAAUGAAGGUAGCCUGGUCACAGCCUGGAGUACAGGUGGUGUACUCCUGUUACAAGAAGGGGGUGACAGGGCCCUGGCCACCGAGGCUUCUAGUCCCAUGUGGGAUGACAGGACUCUCUCCUGCAUAGUGAGGUAUUUUUAACUCUAAAUAUUUAACAACAGAAACUUCUAACAAUUGUGAACCCAUCUGAUAAGUACAGGUUUAACCAGUAAUUUCCUGAGGGCCGACUGUGUGCCAGGCCCUAACUGGCCAUGAAGAAGAUGUACGGGGUGUCGUUUGCCCUCCAAGAGCUUAACAAAUGCUCAGGCUCUGCCGGAAAGAAAAGAGUUUUUAAGGCUGGAUGUGCCUAAUCUGGGAAGUCUUCCUGAGGGAGGUGAGUUGCAGAAUUGGAAAGGGAGAGAGUAAACUGGAAAAUGAUACUCUCUCGGUAAGAGAGAUUUGGGCUUUGAAAAACCAAGGAGGUUUGACUGGCAGGAAAAAAGAGCUGUUGUGGGAGGAGGUGAGCACUGUGUGGUGCCUGGUGUGGGGACUCUAAAACUGGGCCCAAGGCAGGCAGUCACCCCCCAGGAAGCAACAGCAUUGGACACUGUCUGUGCCCACCCAAGUAUCAGGACCUCUGGACCCUCACCCUUAAUCACUGUCUUGAAUGUCUACAUAGUCCCUUCUUCCCAAAGACCCUGUGAAGAAGUCGGGACAGAGAGGUUGACCGGGUUUCACAGGUGAGGAAGCAGGCACAGAGAAGGAAAGAGGCUUGCCCAGAGGUCACGCGGCUGGUUCUAGAAGGACCCAGCUUCUGCUCUAGGAGGCUGUUCCUUCCGACUGCUGCCUGUCCCCCACCCCCAUGCCACCUUGUCCAGCUGGCUGGCAGCUUUCCCUGGCCAUUAACUUAGAUCCUUCCUCCUUCCCUUUCGCCCCGAGGGAGGGAGUUUUCUUUGUUUCCAGUGAGAGUCUGGCUGCUAUGAGGCCAGGUAGGGCAGACUGAGAUGGUUUACCUACAGGGACAUGGGGAACUACGGAGGGGAGGCAGCAGGACACGCACACAUCCAACUGUGUGCCAGAGUUUGCAUUUUAUUUCAUUUAAUCAUCGGAAUAACCCUGUGAGGUGCUGUCAUUUUGGUUCCCGAGUCACAGAGAGGAUACUAAGGUUCAGAAGGAGUUGCCUGUGGCUGCCAUGUCUACAGUCAGUCACAGGCCAGCGGGGGAAUCUGUACUUGGUCUUCAGGGAUAUGGAGAAAGGCGCCUAAUUAGGGGACAACAUGCUUUGAAACGUGAUUGGGGCUGAGGGAGGAGGGGCUGAGAAUGGGCACCAGUGAGGAAACAGCCCAGCAGGGGCCAUGUGGACUGGGAGGGCCUUUGAAGAGGUCCGGCUGAGCCACCUAUAUCCUGGGCCUCUGCAAAUGUCAGAAAGCCCUUCCCAACCGCCAUUCAGCUGUUUACUUGUGGGGUAGGGCUUUUUCCUGCUGGGUUUUUUUUUCCCCUUUGGAGUGAUCUGCUUACCUGGGUGCCUCUGAAUGAUGUACUUUGUCUACUUAAGUUACAGGCAGAAAGGGCGCCUUUAGGGACCCAAAAUGAUCUCCUGGCCUGUGCUAUGCUAGAAAGAAGAUGGGGGAAGUUGAUGGUGCUUGGACCAUUCAGGUCAUUUUAACUGUCCGGGAGUGGACUUACAGCAAACCCGUGUGUAGAUUGGGAAACUCUUGGUUCUUAUUUGCAAAGCCAGAGUAAGGGGAGCAAACAACUACAAUCUGGAUGGGCUGGCAACUUGAAAGGAUUGUGCACCCGUUUGGCCAUUGGACAAAUACUGAGAGGUUUACUGCAUGUGCUAAGCAUACUUUAAUGGAAAACAGACAUCCGAAAUCCACCUUUGCUCUUAAAUAGCCUAAUCUUCUGCUGAUCCAUCAUCUAAUACAGUCUGAGGAGUGCUGGAUGAAGGUCAUGGUGGGAGGGGCACUAGCCCAGGGAAGGCCUUUUGAUGCCAAGGACCUGUGAGAUGGCACCAAGCUGCCUGCCCAUCUCGUGCCCAGGCUCCCUUGUGACCAGCGGCCUCCCAUUUUGAGGCUGCUGGUCGAAUUUAGAGAACGUUGCCUUGUGCUUUGGGAAGAGAGGCAAAUUGAUCACACCUGCUUCUCAAAGAUUGACCCUUGACCCCUGCAUUCCUGCCUUGUACCCAAAUGCGCCAGUGUCCCAGCUAACCAGCUCGUCUUGGUUUAUUACAAACUGUCCAAUCUCCUUGACACCUCAAAAGCUGCGUAAGGCAGGGUCUGGUCUUUGUUACACAGAGGCUCCUUCUGAGCUUCAAAAGGGUGAAAUGACUCCCCUUCAGACCAAGGAAAAGGAGGUUACACAGCACCCCCGGGUCCCUGGUUGAGAUUCCCAGUGACCCCAGUGACCCCAGUGACCCCAUGCAGAUUAUAAACAACCUAGGAGAGGGAGGGGCUGCUGGAGUAGGUAACAUGACUAACUAGGAGCUGCUUUCUAUUUUCAUUCCUGUUGUAGUUAGUGGAAUAGGCCUGUCCGGAUGAUUUAGGAAAGAGUAACCAGCCAGGCUGGUCCCUAACCUACCUCUGCCUGUUGAUGGGUCUGUCCCUUUUCCUUCAAGGCCUCUCUAAGAGGCCACCUCUGCCUUGGCAUUUCAUCAAUUUGAUUUCAAUCCAGAAGGUCCACACAGUUUGCUUUGGAAGAGGGCGUUUUUUUCCUCCUUGAUUGGGAACUUUGGAAGAGAAAGACUGGCUUACUCCCCUCAGUUUCCUGUCCGGUACCCCAACAGUGCCCUGACUGUCACAGAUGAUCAAUUAUCUGUUUAUAGAAUUGAAAACCAUCUUCUCUUGGCUGCCCAUCCCUCGGGGGAAGCAGGUGUCUGGAGCUGUCCCUGCUGAAUUGCACAUUCUCCUGGGAACUUCUUUAAUCUGCAUCGUAACAAGCCGGCUGGCAGCAGAGAGAAGAAUGCUCUAAAUUGGGGAUAUGGGGCACAGGAAGGCAGGUGCCUCAGGGGAUUUAGAGAAAGGCUCCAGAGCUGGAGGCAUGGCUGGCUGAGGUUAGCAGCCUUGGUUUGAGGUCUGGGCAGCUUAUGGGAGGAGGAUAUGGUAACAGCUGGCAUAUAGAUGCCCCCAGGCAUGGCAGAGUCCUGGAGUCAUCAGCUCAGCUCCCCACAAGACUCAGCUUUGCACAUGGUGGGCCUGGCCCCUGACUAGAGCCCCCCGUCUUUCCCCAUUAACCUCAAAUGGCACUUCCCUCAUUCAGCUACACUGGCAAAUGGUACCAAGUGCCUUUUUCAUACCAGGCACUUUGCUGGACAUUGAGAUACUGCAAUGAAGCAGAUGCCCAAAAAAUCCCUAGUUUAAAAAAUACAUAAUUUUUUAAAUGUUACUGGUUUUUGAAUUCCAAGAGUCAGGCAGUACAUUCAUUAGUCACCUCAACACCUUGUUUGAGAGCUGGUCCCAAUUCUUGACUUGCUCCUAAUACCUUUCCUACCUCCCUCUUUUCCCCAUUAUCCUCCUCCCCUUCCAUCUAAGGGGAACAGUUGACUUUAUCUAGAAGCUCCUGUGCUGCCUUUUAGAAGCCUCUUCAAACUCACAGAGCAAGAAGAGGCCUCUCAGGCAGCCCAGGGACCCACAGGCCCCAUGCUCUCCUAACCAUUCUACCCUUCUGCAAGCGGCCAUGCCACAUGAGCUUCGUGCCAGAGGCACUGGGCGGUGCCAGAGUCCUCGCUGCAUUAAGGCUGGUGGAUAAUGGCACAGCUGCAGCUCCAGAGAAUAAGAGCACUUCACAGCCCUUCUGUGAUCUUGCCCCAGCCUGUCCGGGUAUUCCUGGCAAGCCCUGGACGAAUCAGCUGUUGGGUUCUGAGUCUCUCUCUUCUAUGCUCGAUCAGUGAUCCCAGGAACCGGAAUUUCUGAGCAAUGGACCAGCUUCAUGUCAAAAACAGAAGACAGGCUCUGAAGUUGAAAGAUCUUGAUUUCUGCCCUCAUCUGACCACUUAUUCACUGUUACUCACUGUGUUUCCUUGAACAAAUCACCUCCCUCUCUGAGACUCCUGGCAGAUAAAAUGGAGACAAUAAUACUGAGGUUCCAGGAUGGCUUUGAAAAGCAAGGGGGGGCAGGGCACGUUGGCUCACACCCCCAGCACUUUGGGAGGCUGAGGUGGGUGAAUUGCUUGAGCUGAUGAGUUUGAGACCAGCCUGGGCAACAUGGCAAAUCCCCGUCUUUACAAAAAGUACAAAAAUUAGCCAGAUGUGGUAGCGUGCACCUGUAGUCCCAGUACUCAGGAGGCUGAGGUAGGUAGGUGGGUGGAUUGCUUGAGCUUGGGAGUUGGUGGCAGUGAGCAGAGAUUACACCACUGCACUGCAGCUGAGUGCCAGAGCAAAACUCUAUCUCAGAAAGAAUAAAAGAAAGCAAGAAAAACAAGGGAGAAACCAUGUGAGAAAGCUGAGGAUACUGCAAAGUAUCAUACAAGUGUUCAUUACUUUAGAAAAUAACUGCUGUCUUCUCUGUCUUUGCAGAGCAGGGGAAGGAAGGGUUGCCAGAUUUCCUCCCAGGAAGUUAGGGUCCCCACCCAGGAGAUUAGAUGUAGGCAAAUUGGGAGUCUCUUCUCAUUGCUAGGGCCAAAGGCCCUGUUUGCACCUUUGACAAACAGGACUGGCUCCCCACAGCCCUCCUACCCACUCAUGCAUGGAUCUGCUGGCCUUGAUUUGGUGGUGGUGGGCAGUGAUCAGCAAGGGCAGCUUUCUGCUGGGCCUCCAAGCUGCCUUCAGGAGGCUGUGGCUUGGAAUCCUCAGCCCAGGAUCUAUGCUGGGAUCUGCCAAGGGCAGAGAAGGAUAAAACAGGAAGGUGCAGAGGCUCCCUUGUUCCUAAAGCAGGGGUCCCCUGAGGAGGCUCCCCAUACACAGUCAUCCUGAAAGGCCAGACUGCUGCACGUGCCCAGCCCAGAGAGCCCCAGGGCAGCCUGGGAAGGCACCUCAAGUUCUUUUAGUUUGGGAGAACUGAAGCUUUCAUUGGAACAAGAGGGUGGGGCUGCUGAGGUUUAACUAUGAUGUAAUCAUCGCCUUGGGCCUGUGUUUCCGUCUUUGGAGAAGAGGGCGGGGAGAGUUGGCUCCUUGGAAAUACCUAUGGUACUUUGGGUCCCUGAACCUCUGAGGAUGGGUGUUUCCCAGAAAGUUCAAAAGUAGGUGGGGCCUCAGUAAACUUCCUGACCUUCUCUUGAAGGUUCAAGGUAGCAAAGCCAGUUCUGUUGGGUGGAGGUCUCAGAAAGACCAGGCCACUGCCAGGUGGAGAGAGUCCACCGCUGGGAGCCAGGGGCCUGGGAAUCAUCAUUUUUGCCCUGCCCAUCUCUUUCCUAACUCACUGGGUGAUGUUUGGUACAUUAUCUGGCUUUGAUGGGUCUCCAUUUCUGCAUCUCUAACAUGGGGAUAAUUCUUGCUUAUUUCCAGAAAUUGUUCUGAGAAUCCAGCAUAAGGCUAUGGGAAAGUACUAUGAGAAAGGUGAGUGAGGUGUGCAGUAAAAGAGAUUUCUCUGAAGAAGGGCUAACGUUGAGCGACGGGAUGGGUGCUCUGCAUGCUGUUUCUUUUCAUUAAUCCAGUCCUCAGCACCUUGCAAAGGAAGGGGUAUCUUCCCUGAGGCUCAGGGAAAGCAUCAGUUCACAGAACUCGGAAGUAGCUGGGGGCAAGUCCACCCAGGUCUCAUUUCAAGGUAGUGUCCAUCCAUGACAGUUGCCCUUGGGAAUUGCCCUCUGGGGCCAUCUCUUCCCUCUAAAACUUCCAGAAACAUUCAAAGCCUGUGUGUCACCCACCAGGCCCUGGGAGGCUCUUGGUUCUAGACACAGACAAGUACACAACUGCCAGCUGCUCCACUCUGUGCCAAGGCUGGGGAAGAGGGUUCCUUCUGCCCAGUGACAUUGAGGCAGGUAACACAGCGAAGCUGGGUACAGGUAGUUUCUCCAGAGAGACCUAGAUUGUCCUCUUCAUGGCCACUCUCUGGCCCCUUGGGACUUACACCCCUUCCUGACAGGCUGAGACCUUGUAGUGAGUCCCAGUCCAGCAACUGUCAGUCCCUCCGUCUUCUCACCCCUGGGAUGCUGCCUCACCUUGGCUAGUGGCCAGAUCUGCCUCCCUUUUCUUAGAGUAUACAAAGCAGAGCCUGUUUGGGGACAAGCUUCCAAUCCGAGUUGGGGGAGGCAGGGAGCAGGGCAGAGAACAGAUGAGCCCAGGGUUGUGUCCUGGCUGACCACCUGCCCCCACUUCUGGGGCUGUCCUGAGCCGCCCCCCAAGCUGAUUCACUCUAGCCAUCCCUGCCCACUCCCCACACACCAUGCCACGUGCCAUGACCAGCCAACCUCAGCUGGAGCUGCUGCCCUUCCCAGUUUUUUCAUUCUCUGAAAUCUGUGAGCCUGUGGACUUGCUAAUGAUCCCAUAAUCUUAGCUCUGGAAGAGAGCCUAUGGCUUCUCUAAUUAUUAGUCUCUCUGGCCCAGGUUUCCAAUAAUCUGGAAACACAUCCCCGGCACAGCUUGCACGCUGGUCAUCAUUCUGCUGGGCUUCUCGCAGUCCUGGCCAGGCAUGUGGGAGGCUCCUGAUGAGCAUUCUUUUUGUUUUUCAGCAGUGAGUCAGAUGAGGGUGGGGAGGUGGGACCUAGAACUCUCUACCUUUCGGUGGGCCAUUAAGGACAGACUGUGAGUUUCCUUAACUCACCCACCUCGGAGGGCUCCCAGACCACCUGGAUAUUCCCUGCAUUCGAUCAUUCACUCACCAUGUUUUACUGAAACCCAACUAUGUUCCAGGAACCAGAAAUUUACAGAGAGUACAAUGAGAACACUGCCUUAAGUCUUAUGGGGGAGACAAAAGGAAAAUAAAUUACAGCAUAGUCUUGGGGGUAGGGGUGUUGAUACCUAUUACUCAUUGAUCAUUUAAGUGCUAGGCAAAUGCCAGCCCUUUUAGAAUUAUUUAUUUAUUUAUUUAUUUAUUUAUUUAUUUUUCAGAAGGAGUCUCGCUCUGUCACCCAAGCUGGGGUGCAGUGGCUCCAUCUCGGCUCACUGCAACCUCCAACUCCCGGGUUCAAGUGAUUCUCCCACCUCAGCCUCCCAAGUAGCUAGGACUGCAGGCGUGUGCCACUAUGCCUGGCUAAUUUUUGUAUUUUUAAUAGAGACAGAGUUUUGCCAUGUUGCCCAGGCUGUUCUUGAACUCCUGACCUCAGGUGAUCCACCUGCCUUGGCCUCCCAAAGUGCUGGGAUUACAGCCAUGAGCCACCAUGCCCAGUUUUCAUAUUUUUAGUAGAGAUGAGUUUUCACCAUCUCUAUGGUUUGGCCAGACUGGUCUCAAACUCCUGAUCUCAAGUGAUACCCCUCUUCAACCUCCCAAAGUUCCGGGAUUACAGGCAUGAGUGGCCACACCCAGCCUAUUUCAUUUAAUUUUUUUUUUUUUACAACAAACCAACAGCUUUUCAUUUUACAGAUGAGGAAACUGAGGUUCAAAGAGGAUAAGGUCACACCGCCAGUAAAUAGAAAGCUAGAUGGGAACUGAGAUGUGUCUGAUUCUCAGGCUUGUGCACCUGUACUCAGCCCAGGUGAACAGAGGCUUCCUGGGAAUUGAUGGCUGAAUCAGCCAGUUGUGGAAGGGCAGGGCCAGCUGUGUACAAAACUGAAGGCUUGGGACACAUGGACUCACACUAUUCCCAUCACUUGCAUGCCCUCCUGAUCACUUUCAACCAUAUCCCUCCCUGCACUCUCAACUUGCCUCUCUAGGGAAGCCUCCCAGGUAACAUCAUCUGGCAACAGCCAGAGUUAUCCUUGCUGCUUCUCCGCACCUCCCAGGCAAAGUGCCAACUCCAUUUGUCUUACCCUGAUAGAUCAAUCAAGAAAUACCCUGGCAGACACUUCUUGAGGCCUGCCUCGCUCUGUCCAUGUACUCGAGAGCUCAAGGCUAGUAACACAAACCAGCAGAUGAUCCUAAAAAUUGUUUGUGUAUCUUCAAUGGACUUUUUUUGUAGCAACUGAUUUAUCUUGCUAAUUAUGUUUGGCUUUAAGCUAAUGUUAAAAUGAGCUUGCAUUAGAUAAUUUUCACCAAUUAACACCAACUUAGUGCCGAGAAAGUCAUCCCAGAAGCUUGCCGUGGGGCAGGGAAAAGCUGGCCUAGGAUCUUACAAAGAAUUGCUCUGCUUACACCCUGGCAGGUCACGACACAUGGUUGCUCACGGCUGAAUUAGUUGGCCUUGCUCACAUGGGUGUCAUCUGUCUUCCUCCUCUGGAGAGCCAGCCUGGGUCUCCUUUGUACAUAUACCCUCCUUCAUUCAACCUUGUCCAGAGUGAUGGCCUCACAGGGUCAGCCUGACAGGAAGUGACCCCUAGGGGGCGCAGCAGGGAGACGAGACCCACAGGGUCGGUAUCAGAGCCCCACAUUGAAGUCAAGGGCUCUGGGAGAGGGAACAGCUCGGCUGGGUGGAACUGGGCUCUGAGGCUGCCAGCGUAGGGAGGGAGCCCGGUGUUUCAUGAUGUCAAUUAGUGAGUCCAAGACAAUGGAACGCAGCCACAGACAGCUGGGAAGCCCCAGCUGACGAAGCACAGAUGCCCUGCUGCUGGGGUGGGGCAGCCUCGCCUCAAAGUGGGAACAAGACCCUGUUGCAGCCAGGCACAGUGGCUCACACCUGUAAUCCCAGCACUUUGGGAGGUCGAGGUGGGCGGAUCAUUUGAGGUCAGGAGUUCGAAACCAGCCUGGCUAACAUAGUGAAACCCCAUCUCUACUAAAAAUACAAGUUACCCAGGUGUGGUGGCAUGCACCUGUAAUCCCAGCUAUGACGGAGGCCGAGGCAGGAGAAUUGCUUGAGCCCGGGAGGCAGAGGUUUCAGUGAGUAGAGAUCAUGCCACUGCACUUUGGCCUGGGUAACAAAGUACUACUCCAUCAAAAAAAAAAAAAAAACCUGUUGCAGCUCUGGAUUUGGCUCUGCCCAUGUGGAGACAUUCUGUUUAGAGUGAUGGCAGGGCUCUGUCCCCCAUUCCUCAUGGAUAGAUGGGGAGAUACCCCCAUGUGCUUAGACAGACACAGCCCUGGGCAGGCAGACGUGUAUCGUAGGGAAGGCACACAUUGCACUGGGGACUGGGGAUAGGGGGUUGAUCCUGGGACAGCCCUGGGAAGAGUGAAACAAGGACCUCAACAAAGAGCAUUCCCAUCACCACAGGCUUAGGAGGUGACAGUGUGAGUUUAGGCACCAGCUGGAGCCUGCUGGUGAGUUUGGAGAAGAUAGAAUCAUCUUGUGGGGUAUGAGCUUAUUGCCGGGGAAGAGAGUGGAUGAAUGCCUUUUUGGAAGCACAUGAAGGGUCUUCAGCCAGGCUGAGAGGCUUCGACUUGACUGUGGGCAAUCAGGGGCCACAGAAUGUUUGGGCAGGGAAACUGUGCGCUUGGGUCAUGUUAUGGGGUCCGUCUGGGCAGGGAAACUGUGCGCUUGGGUCAUGUUAUGGGGUCCGUCUGGGCAGGGAAACUGUGUGUUUGGGUCUUGUUAUGGGGUCCGUCUGGGUAGGGAAACUGUGCGCUUGGGUCAUGUUAUGGGGUCCAUCUAGGCAGGGAAACUGUGCAAUUGGGUCUCGUUAUGGGGUCCAUCUGGGCAGGGAAACUGCACUUGGGUCUCGUUAUGGGGUCCGUCUGGGCAGGGAAACUGUGCACUUGGGUCAUGUUAUGGGGUCCAUCUGGGCAGGGAAACUGUGCACUUGGGUCUCGUUAUGGGGUCCGUCUGGGCAGGGAAACUGUGCGCUUGGGUCAUGUUAUGGGGUCCAUCUGGGCAGGGAAACUGUGCAAUUGGGUCUCGUUAUGGGGUCCGUCUGGGCAGGGAAACUGUGCACUUGGGUCUCGUUAUGGGUCCGUCUGGGCAGGGAAACUGUGCGCUUGGGUCAUGUUAUGGGGUCCGUCUGGGCAGGGAAACUGUGCGCUUGGGUCUCGUUAUGGGGUCCGUCUGGGCAGGGAAACUGUGCACUUGGGUCUCGUUAUGGGGUCCGUCUGGGCAGGGAAACUGUGCGCUUGGGUCUCGUUAUGGGGUCCGUCUGGGCAGGGAAACUGUGUGCUUGGGUCAUGUUAUGGGGUCCGUCUGGGCAGGGAAACUGUGCGCUUGGGUCAUGUUAUGGGGUCCGUCUGGGCAGGGAAACUGUGCGCUUGGGUCAUGUUAUGGGACCUGUCUGUCGAGAGGGGAACAGUCAGGGUAGCGUGAAUGAGCACUGUGGCAAGGUAAACCUGAGCACCUCCUGUGUGCCAGGCCCUGUCCCAGAGGAAGAGUGGCGCUCAGCCAGCAGGGGCAGGCACUAGGCAAGAUUUUAUCUAGGCUUGAUUACAUUUCUUUGCAUUUCAUAAGAACCAUAAAGUAGCCUUGUUUUACAGGUGGAAUUCACAGGGGUUAAGUAACUUGUCCAAGGUCUCACAACCAGUGUGGAAUCUCUGGCACUUUCCACCCACCAAAGCAUACUUCUGACUGUUGGAUUUAUCCAUGUAAAUCUAGAGUCCAGAGAUGAAAGGAAGUUAAGGGGUGUUCUGUGGGGACUGUGCAGCAGGCACCCCUCCUGCGGGCAGCCAUGCAGCCUCUUCUCCUUAGCUCUCCUCUACUCUCCUCUCUCCCCAGAGUGUGUGCAGGGGGAACUUUAGAGAAAGUUUGUUGUUUAGUGGUUCCCACUCUACUGGUGUAAAAAUUGGUGAUAAUUCAGAUGGGGUCUGUUGCAGUCUUGGUGACAGUCUCUGCAGUGUACCCGGAGUACUUAAGAAACCGCCUCCUCGAUGCUUCAUCUCCAUAGAGCACUUUUCUGUGUUCCAGCGAUGGCUGUGCUAGUUAGAAGUUGCAGGCUGGGCACGGUGGCUCAUGCCUGUAAUCCCAACACUCUGGGAGGCCAAAGCAGGUGGAUCACAAGGUCAAGAGAUCAAGAGCAGCCUGGCCAACAUGGUGAAACCUCAUCUCUACCAAAAAUACAAAAAUUAGCUGGGGGUGGUGGCGUGCACCUGUAGUCCCAGCUACUCAGGAAGCUGAGGUAGGAGAAUUGCUUGAACCUGGGAGGCAGAGGUUGCAGUGAGCCAAGAUCAUGACACUGCACUCCAGCCUGGUGAUGGAGUGAGAGUGAGACUCUGUCUCAAAAAACAAAAAGAGGUUUUGCUCUGGUUCAGCCCGCCUUGAGAUACUUUACUUUGGCAGCAGUUUUCUUAGCAGUGCAUUGCGGCGUUCAGCAUACGGGUAUGGCUGCAUGAACAGUUCGUCACGUAGGUUCUUCCUUAAUUGGGCUGCCCUUCCCCUCAAUUAGUUCAAGUUUUGACCUUUCUGGGAGUGUAGUGUUCCCUGAGCUUUAAUCACCUCCAUGGGCUGGGCCUGCUGGGCGUCGCAUUGAGCAGAGGAAUAGCAUCCCCACCUCCAUGUCUGUGCCAUGGGAGGCGCUGGCUGUCUGGCGCCCCUGGAGCUCAGUGGGCCCCCCACUGGCUGUCUCCUUCUUUCUUGCCCACUCCCUGAACGGUGGCCCCUUUGUUCUGGGCUCCAUCACUUCGGAGAAAAGAGGCCACCUGCACUUACCCAACGCUCACAGCAGGGCAAGUACCGCACUGUUGUAGAAUCUCACUUAAAGCUCAGCACAGCCCUGUAAAGGCAUCACCUCCGCACUCUAAAAAGAGGAAACCAAGGCCCAGUAAAUGACUCACUCAAAGCCAAACAACGAGUAAGCCUUUCUGCUUCCAGACCGUCUGUUCUCUUGCAAGCAGCAGCUUUCACUCAAAGUGUGGCACGUCCCCCUUGUGCAUUCAAGUCACCUGAGUGGGGGUGGAGGAUGGAGGCUGCUGUUGAAAUGCAUUUUCCUGGGCCUUUGCUGAAUUUGAGUCUUUGAGGAUGGGGCCCUGGAAUCUGCAUCUUCACUAGGCAUACCACAUCCCUGCACCCAGGUGAUUCUUUACACACUCAAGUUUGACAACCCCUCCCCUGUAGACCUUGAUCCCUCUUUUGGGGGAGAUCAGAAAAGGAGGUUCCACAGCUGGAGAUGUGUGAGUCAGAGGCUGCAGGUAGACCCAGCUCUACCCUCCAUGGGAAAGGGAAGGUCAGCCCUCGGGUCCCAGACAGACUAACUCCCCUGGGCUGCCAGACAGCCAGCCAUUCUGGGACCUGUUUGCUCAGCUGCUGUCCUCUCUACCCUGAAGGACCUUCGGGCUUGUGGGGAGUUCACCACAUUUGCCUUGUAGAAAACGAAUUUAAACACAACUGCACAGCGUGUUUUGUGGGAUUUCAUGGGCAUAAUCUCAUCCGAACUUUCCAUCAGCCCUGGGAGGUAGUCAGGGCAGGCUUGGGAGAUGACUAGGCCCCAGGCACACCUGAUAAUCAAUGGGAAAGUGUCCCUUCCUUCCCCAGGAGAAGUGACAUCACCAACAGGCCCCCUGAGUCAGCAAGCCUGUGGCCUUUUGCUUUUUCACACCCACAGAAGGGGUGAAGCAGGGGAUCUUUGCAGGCAACAGCACCCACACUCACCCCAGAGUCCUGAGCUCCACGUCAGCAAGGCAAGGGGGCGCAUAGGGUUAUCUCUCUCUACCCAUGCAUCUCAGCUUGCAUCGUGGUUUUGUGUAACCAGAGGUGGCCUGGGGUCCUGGCCGGAACAGAUUUCUUCCCAGAGCCUGCUGUGUCUACACUGUCUGGGGGUGACACCUUAAUGUUGUAGAAAAGCUCAGAACUGGGGUCGGAAGCCCAGGCUUCAGUCUCAGCUCUCUCAAGACCCAGCUGGGAACUUUAACCCCUGGGCUGGGCUAGAUGCUUUCCAUGUUUCCUCCUAGCUCCAACGUUCUGCACACCUGGAAUGUCUUUAAGUGUAGGGGCUGACUUGAAUGGUGUAACUUGUGCUUGGCAUUUGGGCAUGGCUGAGGGGCUUUGGUGGGGGCCUGGCAUGCAGCCAUGCUGCAUUUUCUGCCCUUGCACUCUGUCAGAGGGAGGAGGGCACCUUUUUGUGAUUUGCACAGAGGCACUUGCUAUCUGUGCUGAUGGCAGCCCUGCCUCCUGGCUUCAUUUCCUUGGUAUGGGACUUCUACCCCUUGGUUAAAUACUGUUCUCAACCAGGGCUGGCUGUGACUCCGAGAUCCUGGGUGGGUAGAGGGAAGGCAAAGACCAGACCUUCGAGCUGUCGCUCAGGAAACAGUCCCAACAGGUGCCUUCCUUCUUUCCCCUUCUCUGCUGCCCUGAGGAAGGACUGUGUACUCUGCCUUCCAGCCAAACAAUCUAACUAGGAAUCUUGCUCAGCAUUCUUUGUGUUCUCCUUCACCUCAGUGCCUCGUCAUUCAUGAAAUGAAGGAGAAAACUGCAGAGCUGCACCCACACCCACAAACAAAGCAAUAGACACAAAACUCCAUUUAGACGUUCAUGCCCAAAACAUGGAGAACUGACUUUGUGCUGAGCUCUGUGCUAAGGGUGGAGAUUCUGAAAGAAAUCAGGUGGUCCCUGACCUGCAGGAGCCCGAAGCCUAGUCAAGGACCGAGAGGUUGUGUAGCAGACAUUACAGCAAAGGGUUAAGGAGCUCUGUUAUUUGCCUGGAAUGCAAUGUGGGCAGGAAGCAGGGGGCGAUUAACAUUAUUGGGUGGGGAGAAGUUCAGGAAAUUCUUGGCUGAGUCUUGAAAGAUGUAUAGAUGUUUCACAGGGGUCUGGAAGGGGUAGAAGCAAAAGGACUUGAAACUGCCUGAUAUGUACAUGGUUCUCAGUUUUGCCUCCCAAGGGACAUGUGUUGAUGUCUAGAGACUUUUUUGGCUGUUGUGACUAGGGGUGAUAUUACCAGCAUCUAGUGGGAAGGGUCCAGGCAUGCUGCUAAACAUCCUGCCAUAUACAGGACAGUCCCACACAACAGAUAUAUCCAGCCCCAAAAGGUCAAGAGCGAUACAGUGAGAAUCCCUGUGUUAGGUACCUGGAGGUCAUCCCUCGUGAUGGCGAAGAGAGGCAGAGAUGAGCUGUGGCCAGGGAUGAAGCUGGAGACAGGAAGAGGCCAAUCAUAAGGCCCUUCAAAUGCCGAGUCAAGGAGUGUGGCCCUCUCUUGAGGGCUAUGGGAUCCACUUGUUUGUCAUUUGGUCUUUUUAGGAGUAUUACUGCUGUGGAGGAUGAGUUGGAGGGCAGAGGUGAGCAGGAGAGAGCAGUUAGAAAGUCAUAGAAGUGUGGUAGGAAAGGAGGAGGGUCCGAGCUGGGAUGGUACCAGUGGGGGCAGAAAGGAUUGACUCAGAAGAUCCAGGGUGGGACCUGCUGGGAUUCUGUGACUGAUGGGAUUUGGUGGGUGGGGAGGGGGAGGAGGCUGGUCGGCCUGGCUUCUGGCUCGAGUGACUGGGAAGAUGUUGACCUGUGGAGUGCGUGUGUGGCUGAGGGACUUGUCCAAGCUGCAGUCCACUCUGCAGAUGUGGACAUCUGGCCGAGUGAUGCCUCCUCUAGUCUGGGUCGUCCGAACACUCACGGGGCGCAGGGGCCAGGUGGAGCCCUCUAGUCGGUUUUGUUAUCUACCAGUAAUCAUGGAGUCCGUAAAGAGAAUUGGAAACGCUGGCAGUUUAAUUAAAGCUGAAUGGCAGGAGAGGGGCAUUCGGAGACUCCCUGCCCACCCUCACUCCCUGCCCAACCGCCCAGGCAGGAUAUCAGACGAGGAGCUGUUGAGCUUACAAAACACCCGAUGAGAAGUCUUACAACAUCAGAGGCUCUCUGACAGUGCGCCUGCGACAGCCUAUAGAAACUGCUGCCACCUGGAAUUAACCUCUCUCCCCAGGCAUUGCAUAUCAGUAGGUAACCAGGUAAAGGACACUGGGGAUGGGCAGCCAGCUGGAGGGGGCGUGAUGUUCUCCCCCAGCAGAAUCUGCUUCCCUGGGUUCUGAGCCCAUGAUGUCCUGUUUUUAAACCCGAUUUUCCAUCUACACUGGGAGUUUUGAAGUUCACUCGGUGUGGAGAAUCACGUGCACAGUGAAAGACCCGAACAGAGAGAAUGGGGAGCUGGUCCCCCUGAGCCUGACGCUGCGGAGCUGAAUGUCAAAGCAGGGCCCUCAGAGACCAAAGCGGAGGGUAAUUAUCACUUCUCCGCAACUAGAUUGCAGGAGUCAGCCAGCAAUUGAUUUUUUUUUUUUUUUGUCUUACAGAUAUUUCAUUGUUUAAUUGGUAGUGACACAGAUGUCUGGCUCUCACCAGGGCAUCACAGUCCGACUCUUGAAAGCCGGGCUGUGGGGACCACUGCCUCUCCCGACAUCCUUAGGUGGGUGGGGCUAGGACAGGCCAGCUUCCCUGCUUAAUUUUUCAAUCACAAAGCACAAGUAAGAGUGUGAGCCUGAGACAAGCUUCUGUGAACCGGUCAAGCUGCCCUCAGCAACAUGAGUCUGCUCUGAGCUGGACACCAUGGAGUGUUCAGAAAUGAGAGGACAGUGAACUCUGGCCUAGACAAUACAUGGGAGAUAAACUAUCAGGAGCACCAAGAGAUGGUGAUCAAGUUUCAGAGCCCCACAAAUCACAUUGCUGGUGAAAUGAAGCCAGAACUCUGCAGGGUGUGUUCAAACCCUCCAUAUCCAGCCCAUGUCCCCUCACCCUUAUCCCUACCCCAUGCCACCCUGAACUGUGCCAGCCCAGCUGGAGGACUUAAAUGUGAUUUUUGGUUGGUUGGUUGGCUAUUUUGGACCUCAGCUGCAGAGAGCUGAUUGUGCACCUUAGUUCGUUCACACCACACUUCUGGCAAGCCUUGGAAGGCCCCUCUCAUUUUACCUUUCUCCUUCCAGAGGCAGCCGCCCUCAUGCAUUCAGCUUAUGUCCUCAGACAUGUUUGUAUCCUUGAAAAGUGUGCAGAAUUAUUUUAUGUAGUGUGUGUUUUUGUUUUGUAUUUUGGGAUGGAGUCUUGCUCUGUCACUCAAGCUCGAGUGCAGUGGCGUGAUCUCAGCUCACUACAACCUCUGCCUCCCGGGUUCAAGCAAUUCUCCUGCCUCAACCUCCCUAGUAGCUGGGACUACAAGUGUGCACCACCACACCCAGCUAAUUUUUGUAAUUUUAGUAGAGACAGGCUUCAUCAUGUUGGCCAAGCUGGUCUCAAACUCCUGACCUUGUGAUCCACUCUCCUCGGCCUCCCAAAGUGCUGGGAUUACAGGUGUGAGCCACCAUGCCCAGCCUGUAGUAUGUUUUUAUUUACAUAAAUGGUAUUAGGCUAUAGAUUUCACUCUUUAACAUUUUCAUUUGAGCUAUCUAUUUUAAAGGGAAUUAUCCAAGUUAGGGUACGUGGAACUACUUCGUCGCUUCUGUCUGCUGUAAAACAUUCUGUCACAUUCCUCACAUUUUCCUCACUCAGUCUUCUAGAAAUAGACAUCUAUGUUGUUGCCAGCUCCUUGCUAUCCCAAAGAAAGAUGCAGCGAACAUCUUUGUUCUGGACCCCAUACAGACCUGUGCAAAGAUCCAAGAGUUUCCCAGGGGUGCACAGCCAAGAGUGGCUUUGCUGGCCUGUAGCUGUGCACAUACGUAAAUCCACUGAGUUCUGCCUGUCACUCUGCAGAGUAGCUGCACCAGUGUUCCCACCCAGCAGCAGCGACAAAAAGUCCCCCUUCUUCCACCUACCAGUAUUUUGGAUUACCCAACUUUCUGAUUUUUUGUUAAUCUCAUAGUUGUAAAGUGAUCUCUCCCUUUUAUCUCUUUUUUCUUUUCCUUUUUUUCUUUUUUUUCUUGAGAUGGAGUUUCGCUGUUGUUGCCCAGGCUGGAGAGCAAUGGUGCAAUCUUCUCUCACUGCAAGCUCCACCUCCCGGGUUCCAGUGAUUCUCUUGCCUCAGCCUUCCAAGUAGCUGGAACUACAGGUGCACACCACCAACCCCAGCUAAUUUUUGUAGUUUUAGUAGAGAUGGCAUUUCACCAUGUUGGCUACGAUGGUCUCAAUCUCUUGACCUUGGGAUCCACCCACCUCGGCCUCCCAAAGUGCUGGGAUUACAAGUGUGAGCCACCACGCCUGGCCAGUAGUACAAUUCUUACUGAUACGGUUCUGUAGUAUGUC